UUUCUCCGGUCUCCGGCUUGUUUAGUGCGCAUGUGCUCUUUGAGCGUAUCAAACUUUGUGCGCAUGCGUUCGUUAAACAAAAGUAGAGUGAGAUUAGAGCGUGAGUGUUUUAACGUGAGUUCCUGAGCGGACCGGCGCACCGGACCGUCUUCUCUCCGUUUCUCCGGUUUGUGUUCAGCGAAGAAGAAUCAAACAGGCUCGUGUGUUUCCUCCUUCAUUGAUCUGCAGAGCCGGAAGUUGUCAGAGUCGAGCAGAGUUUCUACAGUUUGCGGACAGUGACGGACUGAAGGAAAGACACCACGUGGAGUCGCAGAGAUGCCCACCCGGAUGGACGACGUCAUGCGUUUGUGCUGUGAAGUGUCGGCUCACGAGGAGAUCAAGGUCGCCGUGAAGAACUCCACCAAAGGGGCGAUGGUGGCGGGAGGAUCUGCGUUUGUGGGCGGGCUGCUCGGCGGACCUCCGGGGAUCGCUGUCGGCGGCGCCGUCGGCGGUCUCCUGGGCAGCUGGCUGACCAGCGGGCAGUUCAGACCUCUGCCUCAGAUCCUGAUGGAGCUGCCUCCCCCGCAGCAGAGGCAGCUCUACGAGUCCAUCACGGCCGUCUUGGGGAACCUGGACUGGACGGACGCGGCCCAGCUCGUCUCGCUCGUGAUGGGGAACUCCACCCUCCAGCAGCAGGUCGCCGCUGCCUUAAUUAGCUACGUCACCAAGGAGCUGAGAGCGGAGGUGCGCUACAAGGACUGAGGGAUGGUUCCACGUGGACCUGACCUUUGAACUGAAUCACGGACGUCUCGCAGCUCACACAGACGAAGUUCUCAGCAAUGUUUGUGCAGCACUGAUGUCUUUGUUACUUUGGCUUUUUUAAUCCCUGAAUGGGACCAGCGUGUAAUUUAAUCUGGAUUAGAAAAUCUGCUCAUUCGCACACUCUGCAUCAGGGUCUUUUUAGAGUGCUCCUGCUCUCAGAUUUCAAGCUUUUCAUUCAAUAUUUGUUCAGCAGCUUUGAUGACUGACAGCUCAGCUGGUACACUGUAAAAUGAUUACUCCCCCCGAAGACCGAGGGCUGGUACUACACCUGUUUUUUUUUUUAUCAUGUUUUUAUUGCAGCGUGUUAUGACAUCAUUGUGACACUGCAGGACGUUGCAUUGGACAAAUAAAAACUGUGUUGUACAGCU